CUUAUUCCUAAGCCUGACGAUUAAAUCUAUCAUAACUGUUUGAAUAUUGUCUGGUAUAUUUUUUGAUUUUAUUAUAAAAAAUGCUCUUUUUAUAGUGAAAAAACAAGCAACAAUCACACAUUAAUUAUGAGUACUUUUUAAUGAAAAUAUGACAAAAAAACUGCCAGGAACUAAUCAAGAAUUGAAAUUAGAAUCACAUAAAAGUUGGACCACAAGUCCACAAUGUUAUCAGUCCAUUUAUUUAUUUCAAAUAAAAAAUAUUAUACGAAAAACAAUAUUAUACGACAAUACGUAAUUACGUACUCCGCAAGUGAAAAAAACAAAAAGUAAAAGAGAAACGAGGUGUAAUUAACUGCCUGUGAGGAAAACGUAUAAUUGCAAUCAAUAGGAAAGAGUCAGCUUCGAUUGCAAAGCUACAUGAUUCGCUCUCUUCUCCUUCCUUUCCCCACCACCGCGGGGCAGAAUCAGAAAUCCAUAAUCUGCCAGUGACUCAAAGAGCUUUUCGAUGGAGCCCCGGGUUGGAAAUAAGUUCCGGCUUGGCCGGAAAAUCGGCAGCGGUUCCUUCGGAGAGAUCUAUCUCGGGACUAAUGUUCAGACCAAUGAAGAGGUGGCGAUUAAGCUUGAAAAUGUAAAGACAAAGCACCCUCAAUUACUAUACGAGUCAAAGUUGUAUAAAUUACUACAAGGAGGAACUGGAAUCCCUAAUGUAAAAUGGUUUGGGGUAGAAGGGGACUAUAAUGUUCUUGUGAUUGAUUUACUGGGACCAAGUCUAGAAGAUCUAUUUAACUUCUGCAGUAGGAAGCUCUCUCUGAAGACAGUUCUUAUGCUUGCAGAUCAGAUGGUAGAGUCAAGUUGUAUUCAUUGUUAUAUAGAUCCUGUCGUGAUUUAUUUCCAGAUAAACCGGGUGGAAUUUGUUCAUACCAAAUCUUUCCUUCAUAGAGAUCUCAAGCCCGAUAACUUCCUUAUGGGGUUAGGAAGGCGUGCAAAUCAGGUCUAUAUUAUUGAUUUUGGGCUGGCUAAGAAGUACAGGGACUCGACAAAUCACCAACAUAUUCCAUAUAGAGAAAAUAAAAAUUUAACAGGAACAGCCAGAUAUGCAAGCACAAAUACUCACCUUGGUAUUGAACAAAGCAGGAGGGAUGAUUUGGAAUCACUUGGAUUUGUGCUCAUGUAUUUUUUACGAGGGAGUCUUCCUUGGCAAGGGUUAAAAGCUGGUAACAAGAAACAGAAGUAUGACAAGAUUAGUGAGAAGAAAGUUUCCACAUCUAUAGAGGCUCUGUGUAGGAGCUAUCCUGCUGAAUUUGCUUCUUAUUUUCAUUACUGCCGGUCACUUAGAUUUGAAGAUACUCCAGAUUAUUCUUAUCUUAAGAGAAUUUUCCGUGAACUUUUUAUUCGUGAAGGCUUUCAGUUCGAUUAUGUUUUUGACUGGACGAUCCUUAAAUACCAGCAAUCACAGCUUGCAAAUCCUCCUUCUCGUGCUCUUGGUGGCAGUGGAAUGAGUUCAGGAAUGCCCCGUGCUGUUGCUAAUAAUGUUGAUAGGCAAGCAGGUGGUGAUGAAGGUAAGCCUACUGGUAAUUUGGCACAUAGUAGAAGCACAAAUGCUGGGCUUAAACAGAAAGGUCCAACUAAUGACUCGGCCAUGGGUAAAAUGUUAUCCAGUUCGAGUUUUUUCCGAUUAGGUGGGUCGUCUAGGCAGCCCGGUCUGUCCAGCAGCCGUGAUCAAAUCUCUGCUGGGCCUGACCCUUCAUUUACCCGCCCGACAGAUGUGAACCCAGAUAUGCUACAUAAGAUGUCCAGCACCGCUGCACAGAAGAGCUCUUCCCUCGUGCCAUCUUCUGAUCACAAACGCAACUCCUCAACAAGUAAAACCAAUAUUAAAAAUUUCGAUUCUACCCUUAAAGGUAUAGAGGGCCUAAGUUUCAGCAACUAAGAAAAGAUAUUGCAACGCCACCCCACCAUUACAAUGUUUCCUUUUCUCGUCAUUCGCCUGAGAACUGCUUUGAAGAAGUCAAGCUGUAAGGUGAAAGUACAGGGGCAUGAUGGUAACUCCAACAAGAACAGAAUAAAGAAUGUCAUCAAGUUUCCAACACAAAAAACGAAGGUCCAUCAUCUACAUACUCCGUAUUAUUUGUGCUUUGAUCACUCUAUGAACUAUUCCAUUUUUAUGUUGUUUCGUUUGGAUUCAAAGGCUAUUUAUACGUUAUGCCUUUUUUCUUUUGUAUCUUUUCUCAUAGUUUCCUUUUAUGGGAUGCCAGAAUGAGAGGCAUUAUUAUUACUAUUAUUAGUAUUAUAUCAUCAUCAUGUAAAUCCGUGAGAACAUAAAAAAGAGCAUUGUGAGGAAUAACAUACCUUUUUCCUGUUCUCUUGGCUGUGUGCAUAAUCCCUAAAGAAUCAGCAGCUUUGUAUAGGUCUUGUUUGGAUGACAGGUGGAUGUUUGCCUGAAAUUAGUUGUUUGCAGAUUGUGUUGUACUGUUAGAUAAUAAUAAUAAAUUUUAUAAUAUCAAAGUCAGAC